GCCAAGAGUGAAAAUCGGGACGAUAGCCAAAGUUGCUAAAGCAAUUAUAGAAUUGGAUUCGAUCGAAACGUUCGACGAGGUUCGCUCUAGCAGAUUCGUUUUAUUUUAGCUUAGCUUUCGAAGGCAUCCGGUUGUACAUUCUCUCCUCGCGGAUCAUCGCUUCGACGAGAUAGUGAGUUGUUGGCCUCUUUUGCACAAAUUUUGUCCCCAAAAACUUGUCAACAUCCUUUAUGCGUUUCAGUUUCAAUAAAGGGCGCGCAUCACAAACAAUAUUUAUUGGAGGGGCGUCGUUUUGAAGCUUCUGCCUGUGAGAAACAACGUAAAAGAAGAACAUCAUGGAGGCGAUUAAGAAAAAUAUUGCAGCGUUGAAAAAAGAAUUGGACGGCGCUAAUGAAACAGUGGAAUCAAAUGAAACAAAAGCAAAACAAGAAAAUUUACGAGCUGAUAAAUUGUUUGAUGAAGUGCGUGAUUUAGAAAAAAAACUCGUUCAAAUGGAACAUGAUUUUGAGACGAUUAAAACAACUUUCGAUACAUCGUCCGCGGAAUUAGAACAAUGUGAAAAACAAUUCGCUAAAGCAGAACAGGAUCGUACUUCAUUGACAAAAAGAGUUCAGGAAAUAGAGGAACAACUUCAAAAAAAAGAGGAAUUACGUGACUCGGCAACAAUUAAAUUAGUACGAGCAUCAGAGCUUGCUGACGAUGCCAAAAGAAUGUGUAAAGUGCUGGAGGAAAGAAGUAAGGCGGACGAAGAGCGAACUGAAAAAUUGACGAAUGAAUUGAAAGACGCGAGACUAAUUGCUGAGGAUGCUGACACAAAAUCUGAGGAAGCUCAGACGAAAUUACAAUUGGUUGAAGAAGAACUGGAAUCAGCGGAGGAGAGAGUCAAGACUAGCGAAGCAAAAAUUGUUGAACGAGAAGAUGAACUUUUUAUUGUUAAAAAUAUUGUCAAGUCUCUUGAAGUUUCCGAACAAAAGGCAAAUCGUCGAGUGGAGGAGUUCAAAUUGGAAUUGAAAAAUUUGAAAAUGAUGUUGAAAUUAGCAGAGAAACGAGCUGUUCAUGCCGAGAGGUCAGUGAAGCAAUUGAUGAGAGAGGUGGACAGAAAAGAAGAUGAAUUAAGAGAAGAGAAGGAAAAAUACAGGGCGAUGUGCGAUGAUCUUGAUUUGACAUACGCCGAGAUGACGGGAUUCUAGGCCAUUUGAAACUUAAGAUUACUAUUCUUUUUUUUACUCUUGCGCUUCAUUUAAUUGCGUAUUCGCUUCAUUUAGAAAAGAGAAAAUGCUACUCGCUUUCUUUUUCCAAAUAAGCUACAUUUUGAUUUCCAUUUUAUUUUUUUCUUUUUGCGAAAAAAAAAAUCAAUAACAUAUACAUAUAUUUAUAAUUAUAAGUUAAAAAAUAUGCUUUGCACGAGAUUUUAUUUUUUCGUUUAAUCGCUUCAUUUCUUCGUUGUUUAGCUAAUAACUUAAUAAUAUUUGUCGCUUCGCAUGCUUAUAAAUAUAAAUAAUUUUAACCGUGAUCAAUAAGCGUCAAAACGAGAGUUCCUUUUAUUUUUCAGGUACCGGAACUUUUGACGCGUCAAUAUUUUCAAACUUAAGGUACAUAUAAACAACAUAUAUAUAUAUAUAUAUCACAUCUUAUUUUCCCAAAAAAAAUUCUCUAGAUUUUUAAUGCUGUACGUAAAAUUGUAUUUUCAAAUAAAUGCCAUUCAAGAAUCUCAAAGUUUAA